ACCCUUUUCUCAUAAUUUCGAAAUCGGAAACUCAUAAUUAUGAGAUACGGAGUCUCCGUAUUUUUACUUUCUUCAGCGUUUUGCAAUGCGCUUCGGUCCCCCUAAAAAAUUAAGAUGAGCAAGGCAACCCAACAAGAACCUGUUCCCAUUCUACUCUCCCAUAAUUCAUUGCGAGAAUCCGUCGACUGUUUGACAACUUCAGCCUCCUGCAGGAUCUUUCAUUUAAAGGCUCUUCGGUGUUAUACACGUGGGGAGUUGUAACAUAUCGCUACCUCGCUGAAGAUUAGGAUCUAAACCAAACAGAAGAUGACCAGUGAGGACGUGGAGCGGCUGCUGAUCCAGUUUCAGGACGAGGAAGGGGAGGUUCUGGGUUCGGCUUUUGACGUGCCUCUAGACAUCACCCCAGACAAACUACAGCUGGUCUGCAAUGCACUGCUACAGAAGGAAGAGCCAAUACCACUGGCGUUUUUUGUGCGUGGAGAGGCUGAGGUUGUGUCCAGUCUGGGCUCUUGUGUGAAGACUCUUGGGGUUGAGACAGAGCAAGUCCUGCCAGUUGUGUACCAGCCUCAGGCUGUGUUCAGAGUUCGAGCUGUUGUCCGCUGUACAAGCACACUACAGGGACACACAGAGGCUGUCAUCUCAACUGCUUUCAGCCCCACCGGCAAAUAUCUGGCCAGUGGUUCAGGUGAUACCACUGUGCGUUUUUGGGACUUGACGACGGAGACGCCCCACCACACUGCCAGAGGACACACACAUUGGGUACUGAGCAUUGCCUGGUCACCUGAUGGCAAGAAACUGGCUUCAGGGUGCAAGAACAGUCAGAUCUGUCUUUGGGAUCCAGUGACGGGUACACAAAUGGGGAAGACUUUGACAGGACACACCAAGUGGAUCACUUGGCUCUGCUGGGAACCUCUCCAUCUUAACGCAGAGUGUCGGUACUUAGCCAGUAGCUCUAAGGACGGCUCAGUACGUAUCUGGGACACCGUGUUGGGACGUUGUGAGAAGAUCCUGACUGGACACACUCAGUCAGUCACCUGUGUGAAGUGGGGAGGAGAUGGACUUCUGUACACUUCCUCUCAUGACCGAACGGUCAAAGUCUGGAGAGCCAAAGAUGGUGUCCAGUGCAGGACUCUGCAGGGUCACGCCCACUGGGUGAACACCCUGGCUCUCAGCACAGAUUACGUCCUGCGCACUGGUGCUUUUGAGCCCGCAACUGCCACUGUCAACCCGCAGGACCUCACAGGAUCAUUGGAAGAGGUGAAGGAGAAAGCCUUGAAGAGAUAUAAUAAAGUUAGGGGUUCAGCUCCAGAGCGCUUGGUGUCUGGCUCAGAUGAUUUCACCUUGUUCCUGUGGAACCCUGCAGAAGACAAGAAGCCUUUGGCCAGGAUGACUGGCCACAGUGCUCUGGUCAACGAAGUGCUCUUCUCCCCAGACACCAGGCUCCUCGCCUCCGCCUCAUUUGAUAAAUCCAUCAAAAUCUGGGACGGACGCACUGGAAAGUACUUGAUGUCCCUGCGUGGCCAUGUGGCAUCUGUGUAUCAAGUGGCAUGGUCAGCAGACAGCCGGCUGCUGGUCAGUGGCAGCAGCGACAGCACGCUUAAAGUAUGGGACGUCAAGACGGGAAAGCUCAAAAUGGACCUACCUGGCCACGCUGAUGAGGUUUAUGCAGUGGACUGGAGUCCUGAUGGGCAAAGAGUGGCCAGUGGUGGGAAAGACAAAUGUCUCAGAAUAUGGAGAAGAUAGCCACACCUCUGUUCCUUCCUCCUAACGUUGGCAGAGGAUUCACAUCUUCUACUGUCAAGAAACCUGACAGCUGGAGCAUGGGUGGCUAGACUGAACCUAAUCCCCCAUUUGGCUUCAUUACACUGUCAAAAGUGGCAUUGUGUCGAGGAACUCUAGUCUGGCCAUGAGGCAAAUGCCAUGAUCACUGUAAAGGUGUUUAGCUCAGUGGAAAUGUAAAACUGGAGACUCUAUACUCAUGGCAACAUCCAUCCAUUCAGAUCAUUGUGAAUAGAAGCGGUACUGUAAUAUUUAUUUCAGUAUUAGCAUCUCAGGUUUGAGCUAUGAAAGGGUUUCUAUUCGUGUACAUACUGUUUUGUACACAUCAGGGGUCCUGACGUGUAAAGAAUUUACUCCCAUAUGCAGAAACCACAAACAAGAUUAUGUAUUUGAAAAUGAAUACGUAACCUAAAUCUUCAAUUUCUGAAUACAGUAUAUAUUCGAAAGAAAUGAAAUCCACAUUGAAAUUAAAAAACGAUUUAACAAGCACUUCAGGAAAACAAA